CUGUCAUGUUUUACAAGAGUCCCUCUUGAGCUCAACCAGCGGCUACAGCAACUACAGAGGAAUUCUGAACUGGUGUGUUGUCAUGCUGGUGCUUAGUAAUGCACGGCUCUUCCUGGAGAACAUUAUCAAGUAUGGCAUCUUAGUAGAUCCGAUUCAAGUGGUGUCUCUUUUCCUGAAGGACCCCUACAGCUGGCCCGCAGCUUGCCUCAUUAUUGUGUCCAACGUGUUCAUCUUAUCAGCCUUGUAUAUAGAGAGGCGUCUGGCCGUGGGAACAAUCUCUGAAACUACAGGAUGGAUUCUUCAUAUUUUCAACCUGACAUCUUUGUUGAUCUUUCCCUCUGCCUCUGUCCUCACCGUGACCUCCAUGACCCCGGUGGGUGGUGUGAUUUCUCUGGUGAUCUACACAGUUCUGUUUCUCAAGCUUUACUCUUAUCAAGACUCCAACAGAUGGUGCAGAGAAAUCAGACAAGCCAAAGCUAAAAGAUUAACACGGUCGUAUUCAUGUCCUGAUGUGCCACAGUCAAACGGGUCAGCAGUUCAUUCUCAUGUCUUCUACCCAGGCAACCUCACACACAGAGACAUGUACUACUUUGUUUUCGCACCAACUCUUUGCUACCAGCUCAACUUCCCACGGUCUCCUCGGAUACGCAAACGCUUCCUGAUGAGAAGACUUUUUGAAAUGCUUUUUCUCAUGCAAUUGUUGGUGGGAUUGAUACAGCAGUGGAUGGUUCCCACUAUUCAAAACUCAAUGAAACCAUUCCAGGAAAUGGACUUCUCUCGGAUGGUCGAGCGGCUGCUGAAGCUAGCUGUCCCUAAUCAUCUGAUAUGGUUAAUUUUCUUCUACUGGUUUUUCCACUCCACCAUGAACUUUGUGGCGGAGCUGCUGCAGUUUGGAGACAGGGAGUUCUACAGGGACUGGUGGAACUCUGAGACGGUCACAUAUUUCUGGGCUAACUGGAAUAUCCCAGUGCACAAGUGGUGCCUGAGACAUUUCUAUAAGCCGAUGUUGAGGAGAGGGACAAACAAGUUUUUGGCUCAGACUGCUGUCUUCCUGGUUUCUGCCUUUUUCCACGAGUACCUGGUUAGUGUUCCCCUGAAGAUGUUCAGACUCUGGGCUUUUAUGGGAAUGAUGGCUCAGGUUCCUCUGGCGUGGUUUGUGGGUCGCUACCUGAACGGAAAUAAUGGCAACGCAGCCGUGUGGAUGUCGCUCAUCAUCGGACAGCCUGUCGCUGUGCUGAUGUACGUUCAUGACUAUUACGUCAUUCACCACGGGAACACUACAUAAUGCUGAACACAUACCUGUGAGAUGAGCCAAUGAGAAAAUGUGAAGCAAAUUGAGGCGACGAUACGCGUUUUGCACUUCAGAGGACUGGACCACAUCAUGUUGGACGUUUAAUGGAUCUGAACAAGACAGAAGUGCUUGUUGUUAAGCUCAAGUCCACUCUCAGAUGUUAAACAUGCUGUAACUUUGWCAGCCUACAAUCGUAGUAAACUUUAACAAUGCAUCUUCCCUUUAAGUGUUUAAUUCUGUACCCAAACUGAAGCAACGAUUCGGUGUCUCUUAAAGGAAGUGAGCCGUCCUUCGCUCAACAAAAGCAAAUUAAUGAAAAAAAAUGUUCUUGAGCUCAACAAUUCCUGAAGCUUAAAAAGCACUUUAACGGACUGAGAAGUGGGAGCAGCUGCUUGCAAACAAGAACUGCUUCAAAGGUGGAUGUGCUGGGGGGAAUAAAAAAUAAAAAAAAGAAAGCCCAUCAGGUGAAGUGAACGUGAACCACUGCCAAGCAAGCACAAGCUAGAACCGGAGCCGGGCUACAAGGAGCCAGAAUGAAGCUGAGGGGGUUUUAUAUCAGUGAUGAAGUCGUGAACCUCAAGCAGCCAAAAAGAAUAAAACUGCUUUUGUCAGUUUAAGAUGUUGUAAGUUCUUGGGUUAGUAAAAAUACCUUAAUGACCUUUUUUUUUUAAAUUCAUUCUGUAAAUUCCUGAUUCCUCUUUGGUGCAAUACAGUAUUAUAUAUAUAUUUAAUAUAUAUUUAAUUAAAAUUGUGUUCAAAUGAUUGAAGGUAGCACAGACUCUGAGAGGAACCAAGACACUUUGUGAAAUAAUUUGUACAACGAUGGAUCGUCUUUCUUUCAUAGAAACGUAAAUUAUUGUAACUUCAUGAUGUAAUUUUACAUCUGAUUCAUCUUUAGGUUGAACUCGGCUGAUUUAUUGCUUCAUUUAUUUUUGUUUUAUUUUGUCUUGUCCUCUGUGAUUUGAAGCUACUUUUUCAACCAAUGAAUCUUUUUUGCACUUUAAAAAACUGAUGCAUGUUGUGGAUUAAAGCAAUAGAUUUCUGUGAAAGUUGUUGACAAUGAAAAGAAAGGAAACAAGUUUUACAGUUUGUAGUUUGAUGACUCAAAGUUUGUCCUUCGGAAGUCCAGAAGCCAAUUAGUUGUAGUUUUAAUUUGAUGUUAUUCACAGUACUUGGAGUUGUCUUAAAGUCUAUUUUUUGCCAAAAACUGACACCGUUGCACGCAGUUAUUACCAUGCAGAUCAGUAUUUUAGAUUUUAUUCAGUUCUUCAAUGAAAUAUGUUUUUAAUUUCAUCCUGAGCCUCGUUUGAAAAAAUGUUCAGAGUUGCAUCGAAUUUCAGGGAAAACAUUCAAACCAUCAAAACAAUUUCCAGAAGAAAAGAACUGAAUACGAUCAUUCCUUCAAAUUAAGUGCCUGCAGUUAAAAAAUAAACCUUUUUAAAGUCAAACACAGAAGAAAUGUGAGAAUAUAUUCUGUACAGUAAGUAAACUUGUGUUUCUGCUGAUUUAUUUCUGAAUGUAACCAAAGUAUUUUUGCAAAAAGUACUUUGUAAAGCAGAGUUCCUCCUUUUUGUUUCUGGUUUAGCAAUGAAUUUUGAUCAAGUGUUUAAGUGUAUUCAAAUAAAAAAAUGAACCAAUCGUGUAAA